CAAUAGUGUGGUUUUCUACUGAGCUUCAGUCACUCGAGCAUUUAAAGUUUCAAACAAUGUCCGGUAGAAUCACAUGACUUCGCUUGGGGACAGACUGCAGGUAGAUUGCGCUUUGUCAACUCUGCAACCUCAAGAACGUCUGGCUGCACAGAUACCAUGAAGCUACUCCUGAUGGUUUCAGUUUGCCUGUUGCUCGAAGACUUUUUAAAUCAAAAAGUCACAGCAUCCCAGGAUCCACACGUUAUCACAGCACUGAAAGGAGGAACAGUGACUAUUGAUUGUUUACAUGGUUUAACUAAUGCUGACGGGAUGGCUGUCACUUUACAAAGAAAUGCAACAUUGUGUUACAAAGUGAUUGGGAACUACAGUACCUGGGAAGAACAGUGUAAUGAACGCUUCAACAUGACAUGGAAUAACAAGACCAAUACUAUAUCUCUUAUAAUUAAAGCUCUUAUUUUAAAUGACUCUGAUAUUUACACCUGUAAAUUGGACAGAGUUAUACCUCCACCAACACAAUCUAUAACAGAAAACAAAACAUUUCUUCAAGUGACAGCCCGUCCGAACAUCGGGCUGGUUUAUGUGAACAGUUCCAAUGGAAGCACCCGGUUGGUUUGCACUUCGGAGGGCUUCAGCCCAAAGCACAUUGAGGUGUCCUGGUUUAAAGAUGGAGAACUGAUCAGCAACGACGCUCAUGAGGAGAAUCUGACUUCUAAUGAUGACGGCUCCUUUACUCUUACAAGUUACUGCAGUGUGUCUGGAAGUGGAGAUUACACCUGUCAGGUCAACCAUUCCACGCUUCAAUCACCCCUCACUGCAAGUGUUACUGUAUCGGCACAUGAAGAUUUACAUGUGCAAAGUCAUCACCUGUUUCGUUUGGCAGUGGUGGUUAUUGGCCUCCUCUUCAUCUGUGCAAUAUUGCUCAUAAUACACAGGUACGGAUUUAAACACCAUCCAAAUCACAUCAAGGAUACGGCCUAACUCCUGUUACAUUCUGUCUUGAACAUGUAACCCUG